AUUGAAUAUAAUGUUUGUAUCAUACUUGUAUUCUGUAAACGAUAAAAAAAUCCGUUCAUUCGUAAGCCACGCCUCGAGGGUCUUUUGAUCAACAGAAGCUUCUGCCAUUCCAACAUACUCAUUCAGCAUCCCGCAACGCACCACCAUGGACGAACACGCUCCAAUCGUAUACGACCUAACUCAGUACAAGGAGGAGACCAAGCAUUGGGGCACGGAUCCUUCCGCAUAUCUGCUGCGCUACUACACUAAAUAUUACUUCUUGGCAACAAGCGGCAAAGAGCUGAAGCACCUCAUCACCAGCAAUAUCAUCGACUUUGAGACAGGACUCCAAGUCCUUCGCGGCGACCAGUUCGUCUAUCAAUCUCCCAACAAACUCUGUAUAACUGGUCUGGCGCCCACACAUCCACUCAUCGCCGAAAGGAGCCGUUAUCAGGUCUUGAGCAUUCGUUUUGAUCCAAAAAUUCUGACCUGUCUCCCACAGCCAACCUCCGUCCCGGCUAACUCGAAAAAGCAGCCACCUCCGCCUUGCCAUUCCGAGACCGUAAUCUGCAAGAUUGAGGCGCGAGAUCUGUUGGCAUUGGUUCAACAGAGCCAGGGGGACGCAUUUGCUAAGGCAGAAUCAAACUCAGGGUCGGUGCCAGCAUCAGCGGCAGCAGCGCUAAAUGUAUUAGAGGGACCAGUGACCGGAUCGGCAGGCAUUGAAGCGUCUAAAACGUCGUCGACAUUAGAACUAGAAACAAUGACACCGGAGAGCCAAGGACAGACUACGAAACCAAAAGAGUCAGUUGAUUCGUCGAGGGUGCUGUUCGUGGUCCGGGGAGCUAUCAGUGGACAUGUCAUUGAGCUGAACGAAAGAUUGCUUCGGCGCGAUGCUCCUGAAAUCACAGAUCCGGUCGUCAUCCAAACCAUAUUAGACAAGGCUUCGACGCAUGGGUUCAUCGCGGUAAUAAGACCCAAAGUUGACAAAUCUGAGAUUGCGCUAAAGGAUCUGUGCACGAUGGAGGAUUACGACCGACUUAGACAGCACGGUGAUAUAAAAGUACAAUGAGGCCUUUUUUAAAUGUAAAUUCUU